AUGGAGAAACCCUUGCAGCUGGUUUACAACAUAGAUGAGGAGCUGAAACUUAACCCAGAGGCUCUGAAGGUCCUCCAGUCCAUUGAAGUUCCAAUGGUUGUUGUGGCUGUGGUUGGUGCUACUCGAACAGGGAAAUCCUACCUCAUGAACUGUAUUGCAGGAGACAGGAAAGGGUUCUCAGUGGAUUCAUCUGUCCAGGCUCACACCAAAGGAAUAUGGAUGUGGUGUCGAUCCCUCCCUCAGAGACCCAAUGAGGUCCUCCUGUUGUUGGACACUGAGGGUCUGGGUGAUCCUGAGAAGGGAGACACUGCCAAUGAUCAUUCCAUCUAUUCAUUGGCUAUCCUUCUGAGCAGCAUCCUCAUUUACAAUGGUCAAAGGAACAUAGAACAGAAAUCCCUGCAAGACCUACAUUUUGUGACUGAACUGUCUAAGCGGAUCCAGAUGAAGUUCCAGCCCGAUGGUUGUAAUAGUUGGAACUUUGUCCGUUUUUUCCCUGAAUUUGUCUGGGUGAUCCGUGAUUUGACACUGGAUACGAACAUCAAUGGAAAACCUGUGUCUCCAAAUGAGUACCUGGAGUACAGACUGAAACUGAAGAACAGUGAGAUCAGAAAGCAGGACAAGGAAUAUAAUGAACUCCGCAGGUGUAUCCGCAAUCAUUUUCCCUCACGUUGCUGCUUUGCAUUUCCCUUUCCCACAAACCCAAAUAAUGUCGGGCAGCUCCAGGAAUUGGAAGACAAGGAUCUGGAUAAGGAUUUUAUCAAGGAACGGCAGAAGCUCAUCAAUUACAUUCACACCCACACAAAAGUCAAGAGAGUUGUUGGGGGUCAGCUGGUCACCGGAUUUGUUGAAUUGACCAAGGCAUACGUGGGCAUGAUGGCGGAUGGUGUCCUACCGUGUGUGGAGAGCAGUGUCGCCAAAUUAAUGGAAGUGGAAAACCAAGCAGCAUUAGAUGAAGCCCUGAAAUUCUAUGAUGAAGGAAUGAAAAUAUUCUCAGAAUCUAAUUGCUUUACCAUGAUAAAACUCACAGAGUAUUACAUUAUGAAGAGUACAGAGGCAUUUAAUAUCUUCUACAAAAGAUCCAUGAACAACAGUGGCAAAUACAUCGAACAGCUGGAGGAGACAAUGCAUUCUACUUACAAGUCUCUUGAGGCCAAGGUCAAGAAAAGCUCACAGAAGAAAUGUGAGUUACAUCUAAAAAAAGUGAUGUCACCAAUAACAAGAAAUCUGAGAUCUGGAUAUUACCGGAAAGCUGGUGGUUUCCAGGAGCUGAAGAUGGAUCUUGAUAAGGCUAGAAUGGAGUAUGAAAAAAAGACCAAGGACGAGAUGGAGGGGUGGGCUGUCCUCAACCACUUCCUGGAACAGGAGAAACCUCAUCUAGAGCAUGUACAGGAAAUGGACAGCAGGUUGACGGAGGAACAAAAGCAUGUCUCAGCUUUGGAAGAGGAGCUCUCAAGGGUGAAAAAGGAAAUGGAGAAGAUGGAGCAGGAGAGGAAGGCGGCUGAGGAGCACAGGAAGAAGGAGAUCAUGGAGCAGAUCAAGAAAAAGUUUGAGAAGGGUAAAGAGUGUAGUGUGGAGGAGCUGAAAGAAGCCAUGGAGCAUAUGAGGAGUGAGGUGAAGAAAUACGAUGUUGAAGGCAGGAAGGAGGAUGCAGAGAUGGCUCGGCAGAUGUAUGAGUACCUGGAGAAGAAAUAUAAAGAGACAACAGAAUGGAGUUUCAUGAAAUUCAUAAGGGAAAAUGCCCCUAAGUUUAUUGAUGUGGCGUUUACUGUGAUAGGCGUUGUGGCAAAAUUAGUUAUAUUCAAAACAAUUAAAUAA